AUGGUGGUCAAGGCUGUAGUCGAUCAGAGUUGGCACCCCUACGCCAAACACACCAACAGUUCAGAUAUGGCGCAAAAUAUGCAACACUUGAAGACAUCACUCGAGACCACAGAUGACUGUAAAUGGAAAGACAGACAACAGUUCCAGAGGACUGUCUUCGAGAGUGUUGUUAACAUUAAUAUUGACGACCGAUAUAUUGAUUUAAUCGCAUUGAAUGAGAAGACAAUUAACACCCAAUUGUUGGCCACAAUUGCCAUAAAGUGUUCAAACAUUGAGACCAUUGACUGUCGAGGAGUGACCAACAAAUAUGAGAAACACAUUCCCGAAGUGUUGAACGCAUUGCGAGACAAUUGCCGACAUUUGAGGGAAAUUUAUUGCAAUUUAUGGCAAAACAGCUCACAAUCUAUCGGUGCGUUCGCACCACUGGUCACAAGAAUCGGUGACAUCUUCUCCUUUAGGGAAACCCAAGCACUCACUCAAUGCCGCCGUUUAUCUCAAGUUAGAGUCAAAUUCUUGGACGAAGUGUUUGACUACCCGUCCGGACCACUGCUGGCCAAGAAUUUGCAUAAAAUUGAGUUAUUAUACCAUUCAGACCAUAAUAACCAUCGAUUGUCUGCAUUCGUGGCCGAGAAUCAGUCCUUAAGAAGUCUAUACGUGUUGUGUAUUAGUUGUCAAACUCUCGGGACUCUGACCGAAAUGUGCGGACAAUUGUCACGAUUAACACAAUUACGGGAAUUAAGACUCGGUAUUGAGAUAACGGUCGCUCAGAACUCAUUGGCCGACUCUUUGCGAACAAUUGGCGUGAAUUGCAAACAAUUGAAACGAUUGUCACUCGAGUUGUUCUCACAUACAAAUGAAGUCAAUGUCCAGACUUUGGAUUCGCUGAGAUAUUAUUGCCGAUUAAAACGUUUGGAUUUAACAAUACGUGUUCCCAUCGAUAUGACACAACAGAUGAAACACAAGAAGAUAUUAACGAUAACUAUAGAUGACAGCGAAGAUGAGGGCGAAGACAAUGUCAGGCAACAGACACAAAUGUAUGCGAAGAACUCAAUGGAUAGGUUCGGUGAUGAUUUGUGUCAACUAUUGUUGUCUUAUCUCUUACUCGAAGACCGAUUUCGUUGCGAAUGUGUGUCCAAACAGAUCCAGAGGACAGUCUUCGAGAGUGUUGUCGAUAUCACUCUUAACGAGAAACUCAUCCGACUACCGGCGCUGCAAACGCUUGUCAUUGAAUUCAAUGAAACCAAUGAUCUCUCGGACAAUGAUUUCUCUGAUCUGUUGUCGAGAAGUUCUAAUCUCAAGAACAUUGAAGUGAUCGAAGAGGAAGUCUCAAAGUUUUAUUGCCGUAAAAAUGGGCGGCGAAUUUAUCCCAAGAACUCAAUGGACAGAUUCAGCAAUAAUUUGUGUGCACUUCUAUUAUCUUAUCUCUCACUUAAAGAGCGAUUUCUGUUUCAAUGUGUGUCCAAACAGUUCCUGAGGACAGUCUUCAGAAGUGUUGUCGACAUUGAUAUGGAAGAUAUCGAACUCAUUAGAGUAAAUAAUUCAAAGACUCCUAAGACUACUAUCUUUAAAAUAAUGAACAUAAUAUGCGAAAAGUGUCCAAACAUUGAAAGCAUUGACUUUCGAAGUGUUGGAUUCAGUGAUCAACACAUUCUCGAAUUGUUUCCCACAAUUAGACAUAAAUUCCCGAAUUUGCGGGAAAUAUACUGCGAAUUGUUGUCAAACAGCGACCGAUGGAUACAACUGUUGGCACCACUUAUCACAACAAUCAGCGGUGAAUUGUCCUCAAAGAAGCCAUCACUCAUUUAUUGCCGCCGAUUGUCUCGUUUGGUUGCGUAUCACAUGUCGGAUGUGUUCAGCGGCAGAACCACCGGAUUCUGGCCCGAACUGAUGUCUGUAUUUGUGGCACAGAAUCAGUCCCUCAAAUGUCUUAAUCUAUUCUACAUUACAUAUAAGACUGAAGAAGAUCUGCGAGAACUGUUCCAACAAUUGUCACGAUUAACACAAUUGCGGGAAUUAAGUCUCAAAUUAGUGUUAAUCAAUGGCCAGAACUCAUUAUGUUAUCUAAUUGUGACAAACAUUGGCCACGACUUCAUUACCUAA